UCCUCCACGUUUUACCCCUCCGUGGGCCCCGGCCGUACGAGUACCCAGGAUUACUAGCCUCGAGAUCCGGCCUCCGCGUGUCCGGCCAGCCCGAUCCGAGCCGUCCACGUCUCCGUUUUGCCGAUAUCCAAGUAAAGAGGCGCGUAGCCUGCCCAUGUGGCGACCACCGGCGGACGGACCCCCUUCGAGCUGGACGGCCACGAUUCGAUUGCCUUUUUCGUGCUGUCGCAUCAAAUAAAUGCCCCACACAUCGGUGUCGUCGCUGCUCCGAUCGCGCGCUGUGCACACUGCAUCAUCACCACCCUUUUCUUUUCCUCUUUGCUUUUUUCUGCAUGCAAUGAACAAGGACCGAAAGCUGUACCCGCCGGCGAAGAGAGCGAUUCCCGGAGGAUGACGACGGCCGCCGACGGAAUGAUGUUUCCGGGGGCGGCGGCCCCGGAGAAGGCCGGGAACGGCUCCCGGAGGAGGUUCAAGAUCCGGAGAGCUCACCGAAGCGGCCGUCGGCGCGCGCGGAAGAGAGAACCGGUCGCGAAGCGUCCGGAUGGGGAGGAGAAGCCGAUCGAGAUAUCCCUUUCGUUCUCUUCCUCGUCGUCCGAGAACGACGGGGUUGUGGUGGGCGAAGAGGAAGACGGAGCCCGCGAGAAGAGAAGCGAGCGCUCGAUCAAUCACGGGUCGCUCUCGGUGAUAGGGAGGAGGAGAGAGAUGGAGGACGCGGUGAGGGUGGAGCUAGGGUUCGCGAAGAGGCUGAAGGCGGGCGAGGUGUACGAUUUCUUCGGGGUCUACGACGGGCACGGCGGGGCGCGGGUGGCGGAGGCGUGCAGGGAGAGGCUGCACCGGCUGGUGGCGGAGGAGUUGGAGGGCCUUGACCAGGAGGCCGGGUGGGAAAUGGACUGGAAGGGGACGAUGGUGGGGUGUUUCGAGAAGAUGGACGGAGAGGUGACGGGCGGCGGCGCGGCGGAGGAGAUGAACACGGUGGGGUCGACGGCGGUGGUGGCGGUGGUGGGGAGGGAGGUGGUGGUGGCGGCGAAUUGCGGGGACUCGAGGGCGGUGUUGUGUAGAGGAGGUGUUGCUAUGGCCUUGACGGAUGACCAUAAGCCUAAUCGGCCCGAUGAAUUGAAGAGAGUUGAAGCUGCUGGGGGACGGGUCAUAAACUGGAACGGGCACCGCAUUCUCGGUGUCCUCUCUACCUCGAGAUCUAUAGGAGAUCAAUAUAUGAAACCAUUUGUGAUCCCGGAACCGGAGAUCAACGUGAGCAGACGAACCGACGCGGACGAAUUUCUGAUCCUUGCCAGCGACGGCCUGUGGGACGUCGUCUCGAACGAGUUUGCCUGCCAGGUCGUGCGCCAAUGCCUGGCGGGCCGGAUGAGGAGGAGAACUCGGGAGGGCGACGCGAUCAAGAACCGCGCCGCCGAAGCGGCGGCCAUGUUGGCUGAGCUCGCAAUGGCGCGGGGAAGCAAAGACAACAUCAGCGUCAUCGUGGUGGAGCUCGCCGGACCGAGCUAGCGGUUCCCUUUUUAAUUAUCGAACUGGAUUUGUUGUGUUUCUUGAUGCUACUCUGGACAUACUUGUCGAUCUUGCUUAAAGGUUGCCUUCUCUGGGUUCACGCUUGAA